AUGGACGAGGAAACCUCCAGAAAGCGGUCCAAGAAGACAUGGAUACAGAAAACUCCAGCGAUGAGUAGGCGUUGCUCUCAAAACAGGACGAAGAAACCUGAUCCAGCCAAAACAAUAUCGCCAGCCGUGACGAUUGAAAGAAGGCACGUGAUCAUCGACAAUGACAGAGAAUUGGAGAGAAACACGAAAAAUCGAUUCCAAAAAUUCAGAGGUCUGCAGGUCCCUUACUAUACGUCGGAUGAAAAGAGGCCAUAUUUUAUGCAGCUGUCGGCGAAGAACUAUGGGACCUCAAACGCCCGAUGUUUCUGGAAGUCAAAUUUGAUUCAAAUAUUCGUUCUAUACAGACGCAGCAAUGUUACAGAUGCUAGAGAUUCGGGUACACCUAAUUCCGAUGCAGUUUUCCUAAGUCCGUUCUCACCGCACAGUUGCCAAAAAGCGACAAAAGAGGAAAGGCGAAACGCCAGAUGCGUAUAUUGGAAUUAUGCUGGAUAUCCUGCAAGCUGCCGCAGUUGCCCGAAGUAUCCGAAGCCUGCUGCCUCCCGGGAGGUCGGAGGGGGCAGAAGGGCAACCUUAUCGAAAACGUAUUCCCAGCAGUCAAGAAGAUGGACCUUGUAA